AUGCGCCCGAGGACCGCGCCGAGGCCGCCGGCGCUGCUGCCGCCGCUCCUGCUUUUGCUCCUCGUGGCGGCGCCCACGGAGGGCAAGGGCUGCAUCUGUAAAGACAAAGGCCAGUGCUUCUGUGAUGGGGCCAAAGGGGAGAAGGGGGAGAAAGGCUUCCCAGGACCCCCUGGGCCUCCCGGCCAGAAGGGUUACCCGGGUCCCGAAGGCCUGCCUGGACCACAGGGACCCAAGGGCUCUCCAGGAUCUCCAGGACUGACUGGUGCCAAAGGCGUGAGGGGAAUAACUGGAUUACCAGGAUUUUCAGGUUCUCCUGGACUUCCAGGCAUCCCAGGCCAUCCUGGACCUUAUGGACUUGCUGGUUUGCCAGGAUGCAAUGGUUCCAAGGGAGAGCCAGGGUUCCCAGGACUUCGGGGGACACCAGGCUACCCAGGGAUACCGGGUGUCACUGGUUUGAAAGGAGAAAAGGGCACUCCUGCUGAAGGAGAAGGUGUAGGCCUUGAUGGAAAAGGUGACCCUGGGUUGCCAGGAGCUCCUGGAUUCCAGGGUUUGCCAGGCCUUCCAGGUUUUCCUGGACCUGCGGGUCCACUUGGCCCUCCAGGAUUCCUUGGCUUUCCGGGAGCCAUGGGACCUCCAGGACCUAAGGGUCACAUGGGCGAUAACGUGCUAGGACAGAAAGGAGAGCGGGGUGUGAAAGGAUUAACAGGACCGCCUGGACCACCAGGAACAGUUAUUGUGACUCUAACCGGCCCUGAUAACAGAACGGACCUCAAGGGAGAGAAGGGAGACCGGGGAGCCAUGGGACAGUCCGGACCCCCUGGACCCUCCGGGCCACCUGGAGAGUCUUAUGGAUCAGAAAAAGGUGCUCCUGGAGAACCAGGCCCGCAGGGAAAGCCUGGAAAAGAUGGUGCCCCCGGUUUUCCUGGUACUGAGGGAGCCAAAGGCGAUAAGGGUUUCCCUGGGUUAAGGGGUGAAGAUGGCAUUAAGGGGUGGAAAGGAAACGCUGGCCCUCCAGGAUUUCGUGGUCCAACAGAAUAUUAUGAUGCAUACCAGGAAAAGGGAGAUGAAGGAAUUCCAGGCCUACCAGGGCCCAAGGGAGCUCGUGGCCCACAGGGUCCCAGUGGUCCCCCUGGAGCCCCUGGAAGUCCUGGGUCAUCAAGGCCUGGCCUCCGAGGAGCCCCUGGAGUACCCGGUGUGAAAGGAAGUAAAGGGGAGCAAGGGCCCCCAGGAAAGACUGCAGCAGGGCCUCCCGGGUCCCCCGGCUGCCCUGGGUCUCCAGGUCCUAUGGGGUUCCCGGGACCUCCAGGCCCACCAGGUGGUAUUAUUUUUCGUGAAGGUCCACCUGGAGUCGGUGGAUAUCCAGGCCAUAUAGGGUCGCCAGGUAUCCCAGGAGUCGGUGGACCCAAAGGGGAGCCGGGCCUCUUGUGCACACAGUGUCCUUAUGUCCCAGGAUCUCCAGGCCCCCCUGGAUUGCCAGGGUUAGAAGGUGAAAAAGGAUUCCAAGGAGAACAAGGGGCAGCUGGCAUUAAAGGAAGCCCAGGGUCCCCAGGAACUGCUGGUCUUCCAGGAUUUCCAGGAUUCCCAGGUGCUCAGGGUCAGCCAGGACUUAAAGGAGAAAAAGGUGAAGCAUCUCAGCCAGAGGGACAAGUGGGUGCCCCAGGGGAUCCAGGACUCCGAGGACAUCCUGGAAGAAAGGGCUUGGAUGGCAUUCCUGGAACUCCGGGAGUGAAAGGAUUUCCAGGACCUAAAGGAGAACCGGCCCUGAGUGGUGAGAAGGGGGACCCAGGUCUUCCAGGGGAUCCUGGUAUCCCUGGGUCCCCAGGACCCAUAGGACCGGCUGGAGCAUCAGACUAUGGACCACAGGGAGAGCCUGGUCCAAAGGGUGCCCAAGGACUUCCUGGAGCCCCUGGACCACCUGGAGAAGCCGGUCCUGAGGGAGAAACUGGUGUUUCGACAUCAGUCCCAGGGCCCCCAGGACCCCCUGGGCCUCCAGGCCGUGCUGGUCCCCGGGGUCCACCUGGUAUCCCUGGAUCCACAGGAGAAUGUGAUCUGGGUCUCCCGGGGCCUGAUGGUGAACCAGGAAUUCCAGGAAUUGGAUUCCCUGGGCCUCCUGGACCUAAGGGAGACCGAGGUUUUCCAGGAACCAAAGGAUCACCAGGUUGUCCUGGAGAAAUGGGAAAGCCAGGCUUACCUGGAAAGCCAGGCCUCCCAGGAAUCAAGGGAGAGCCAGGACUAGCCAUGCCUGGAGAACCCGGAGCGCCAGGUUUGCCAGGAGAAAGAGGCAGCUCUGGGGAAACUGGAGAAAUUGGACUCCCUGGACUUCCGGGUCUCCCUGGAGUUCCAGGAACUGGGGGGCUUGAUGGACCACGAGGGGAUCCAGGGAAGCCUGGGCCACCUGGAGAAAGAGGACCCCCAGGGAGGUGCACAGAGGGUCCCAUGGGAGCUCUAGGACUUCCAGGCUUAAACGGAUUGAAAGGGCAGCCAGGCAGAAGAGGUGAAACAGGGCCAAAGGGAGACCCAGGUAUCCCAGGCUUGGAUAGGUCAGGAUUUCCUGGAGAACCUGGACUACCAGGAACGCCAGGUCACCGAGGGGAGAUGGGACCACCUGGUCCAAAAGGAUAUCCAGGAAAUCCAGGAUUUUUAGGGCCACCAGGUGAAAAAGGAGUAAUGGGGAUGAUGGGGUUUCCAGGCCACAUUGGUCCCCCAGGGCCUCCUGGGAACCCAGGGACCCCAGGACAGAGGGGGAGCUUUGGAAUUCCAGGAGUAAAGGGUGCAAGAGGACCCCCAGGAGCCAAGGGGGAGCAGGGAGAGAGAGGAACUCCCGGGUCUCCCCAGAUAUUACACUUAGUGGGGGACAAAGGGGAGCCAGGACUCAAAGGACUUGCAGGAAAGCCUGGUGAGAAAGGAAACAGAGGCAAUCCAGGGUUACCGGGUAUAAAAGGACUCCCAGGGCUUCCUGGACCAGCAGGACCACCAGGUCCCAGAGGAGAGCCGGGCAGCAUUGGGAAUCCCGGUGAGCCAGGACCACGUGGCAUCCCAGGAAGCAUGGGAAACAUGGGAGUACCAGGUACUAAAGGAAUGAAGGGAACUGUGGGAUUCCCGGGUCUAGCUGGAAGUCCAGGCCUCCCAGGUAUUCAUGGUCUCCAAGGAGAUAAGGGAGAGCCAGGUUACUCAGAAGGUGCAAGGCCAGGACCACCAGGACCAAAGGGAGAUCCAGGAUUGCCAGGUGACAUGGGCAAGAAAGGCGAAAGAGGGCCCCCUGGCGCACCUGGACGUUCGGGGCCUGCUGGACCAGAGGGCCUUCCUGGGAGUCCCGGACCCCCUGGCCACCCAGGAAAGUCUGGUCCUGGUGGUGAUUUGGGGUCCAAAGGAAUCAAAGGCUUCCCUGGCUUUCCAGGAAUAAAAGGCCCUCCAGGUCCUCCAGGAUUGCCAGGAAAUGCUGGCCCAGUGGGUGAGAGAGGUAAUCAAGGACUUGAUGGAAUUCCUGGUCCAGCCGGAGAAAAAGGAGAAACAGGCUUGCUGGGAGCACCUCCAGGUCCAAGAGGGAAACCUGGUCCUCAAGGAGCCAAAGGAGACAGGGGAGCACCAGGCUUGCCCGGCCUCCCUGGCAGGAAAGGGCCAGUGGGAGAUGCUGGGCCUCCAGGGCCCAUUGGCAUGACAGGACCUCAAGGGGCACCAGGCUUUCCUGGUGUAACCAUCCCUGGCCAGAAAGGAGAUCGAGGUCCACCUGGCUCCAGAGGAAACCCAGGCGUGCCUGGUCCUCCUGGGCCUCCAGGGAGUCCUGUAGAAGGCAUAAAAGGAGACAAGGGGUUGAUGGGAGAGCCUGGCCAAAGAGGUCCACCUGGAGCUGUAGGAGACAUGGGGCCACCGGGUCCUCCGGGAGCACCAGGUGUCCCCGGUCAGCCAGGGGCCAGAGGUGAUCCUGGAUUCUAUGGAUUUCCAGGCUUGAAAGGGGAGAAGGGUAAUUCAGGAUUUCCAGGACCACCGGGGCCUCCAGGGCAAAUUGGGCCAAAAGGACCACCUGGUGUACGUGGAGAGCCUGGCACAGUGAAAAUCAUCUCCCUUCCAGGAAGCCCAGGCCCACCUGGUUCAGCUGGAGAACCAGGGAUGCAAGGAGAACCCGGGCCCCCGGGACCACCAGGAGAUCCAGGACCCUGUGGGCCAAAAGGUAAACCAGGUGAGGAUGGUCCACCAGGACCUCCUGGACCAACUGGAGAAAAAGGCAACAAAGGUUCUAAAGGAGAGCAAGGACCACCUGGAUCCGAUGGCCUGCCAGGCUUGAAGGGGAGGGCUGGAGACACUGGACCACCCGCAGCAGGGACAGCGAUGAGGGGCUUUGUCUUCACCCGGCACAGCCAGACCACAGCGGUCCCCUCCUGUCCAGAAGGGACAGAGCCACUCUACAGUGGGUUUUCUCUUCUCUUUGUACAAGGAAAUGAACAAUCCCAUGGACAAGACCUGGGAACACUUGGCAGCUGCCUGCAGCGAUUUACCACAAUGCCAUUCUUAUUCUGCAAUAUCAACGAUGUAUGUAAUUUCGCAUCUCGAAAUGAUUAUUCAUACUGGCUGUCAACACCAGCUAUGAUACCAAUGGACAUGGCUCCAAUUACUGGCAGGGCCCUGGAGCCUUAUAUUAGCAGAUGCACGGUCUGUGAAGGUCCUGCAAUUGCCAUAGCUGUUCACAGCCAAACCACUGAUAUCCCCCCCUGUCCUGCUGGCUGGAUUUCUCUCUGGAAAGGCUUUUCUUUCAUCAUGUUCACAAGUGCUGGUUCGGAGGGUGCUGGGCAAGCCCUCGCAUCCCCCGGCUCCUGCCUGGAAGAAUUCCGAGCCAGUCCAUUUAUAGAAUGUCAUGGAAGAGGAACAUGCAACUACUAUUCAAAUUCCUACAGUUUCUGGUUGGCUUCAUUAGACCCCAAAAGAAUGUUCAGAAAACCCAUUCCAUCAACUGUGAAAGCUGGGGAGUUAGAAAACAUAAUAAGUCGCUGUCAAGUGUGCAUGAAGAGGAGACCAUGA